AAACAAAACGUAUCUGAGUCUCUGUGUCGUCUGUCUUUGUGAGAGUGAACAACCAUCAAAAUGGCUCAGAAGGGAGUUCUGCUGGACCAGGGCCAGUUCUGUUGUUCUGUCUGUCUGGAUCUACUGAAGGAACCAGUCACUACUGCCUGUGGACACAAUUACUGUAGAAUCUGUAUUGAGGGCUGCUGGGAUCAGGAUGUUCUGAAAGGGGUCUAUAGCUGUCCUCAGUGCAGAGAGACCUUCAUUCCAAGGCCUAAUCUGAGGAAAAAUAACAUGUUGGCUGAUAUGGUGGAGGACCUGAAGAAGACAAGACUCCAGGCUGCUCCCCCUCCUGCUCUGUGCUAUGCUGGACCUGGAGAUGUGGUGUGUGAUUUCUGCACUGGGACCAGAAAGCAGAAAGCCCUCAUGUCCUGUUUGGUGUGUCUGGCCUCUUACUGUGAGACUCACCUCCAACCUCACUAUGAAUUUCCUGCAUUGAAGAAGCACAAGCUGGUCAAAGCCACCGCACAACUACAAGAGAAGAUCUGCUCUCAUCAUGACAAACUGCUGGAGGUUUACUGUCGUACCGAUCAGCAGUGUAUCUGUCUGCUGUGUGUGAUGGAUGAACAUAAAGGCCAUGAUACAGUGUCAGCUGCAGCAGAGAGGAAUGAUAAACAGAGGCAGCUGGGGAUGAGUCAGCAGAAGGUCCAGCAGAGAUUCCAGGAGAGAGAGAAGGAGCUGAAGAAGCUCCAACAGGCUGUGGAGUCUCUCAAGCGUUCUGCACAGUCAGCAGUGGAGGACAGUGAUCAGAUCUUUACUGAGCUGAUCUGCUCCAUUGAGAGAAGGAGCUCUGAGGUGAAGGAGCUGAUCAGAGCCCAAGAGAAGGCUCAAGUGAGUCAAGCUGAAGGACUCCUGGAGCAACUGAAGCAGGAGAUAGCUGAGCUGAGGAAGAGAAGCACUGAGCUGGAGCAGCUCUCACACACAGAGGAUCACAUCCAUUUCCUCCAGAGUUAUCAGUCUCUCUCCAGUAUCAGUGUAUCUUCAAACUUACCCAGCAUCGUUGUCCGUCCUCUUCAGUACUUUGGAGAUGUGAGUAAGACUGUGUCUGAACUGAGAGAGAAAGUAGAAGACUUCCUUAAAGGAGAAUGGACCAAGAUCUCCACUACAGUGAAUAUAGUGGAUGUUGGACUGCCUCCAGAGCCCAAGACCAGAGAACAGUUG